CGAUCAAUUUUAUUUCCGCCGACCAAAACAAAACAUAACCCCAAAAAAACAGAAACAGAAACACAAACCAAAAUGGCGCAACCAGGCCAACUGCCCAUACACCCCCAAAUCCAAAUGCCACCCACCACCCUAAUACCCAUAGCGGGAUCCGAACCCACCCAAUCGGCCGCCCUGAAGCGCCGCCGAGAGGACGAGUAUCCUCCGGUGUUGGCCGGGCCGGAGCCCCAGGAACCCGGGGCCAAGCGCCGCGCCAAGGCCCAAGACGUCAUCUUUAGAAUCGUUGUUCCGUCGAGGCAGAUCGGCAAGGUCAUAGGCAAAGAGGGGUGUCGAAUCCAGAAGAUUCGCGAAGAGACCAAGGCCAAUAUAAAAAUCGCCGACGCCAUCGCUAGGCACGAGGAGCGUGUGAUUAUAAUAAGUUCGAAGGAUAGUGAUAACGCGAGUACUGAUGCCGAGAAGGCGCUGCAGCAAAUAGCUGGGUUGAUUCUGAAGGAAGAUGAUAGUGGUGCUGAGGCAGCAAAAGUUGGUGCAGGACAUGUGGCUGCCAAUACCAUUAGACUUUUGAUUGCCGGGUCCCAAGCAGGUUCAUUAAUUGGGAUGUCUGGCCAGAAUAUUGAGAAAUUGCGGAACUCCUCUGGUGCCACAAUCACAAUUCUUGCCCCAAAUCAGUUGCCUUUGUGUGCAUCUGCCCAUGAAUCUGAUCGAGUGGUACAGGUAUCAGGUGAUGUGCCUGCUGUUCUGAAGGCUUUGGAAGAGAUUGGUGAUCAACUAAGAGAAAACCCACCCCGACAAGUGAUUUCCAUCAGUCCAGCAUAUAACUACACAACAAUUCGACCACCUCAAGUUCAACCGUACAUGGACCCAACUUCAGCUGAAUAUAUAACCUUUGAGAUGGUGAUAUCGGAAACACUAGUUGGUGGGUUGAUUGGUAGAUGCGGCUCCAACAUUCAAAGGAUCAGAAAUGAGUCUGGAGCAAUGAUCAAGGUUUAUGGUGGGAAAGGUGCGCAAAAACAUAGGCAAAUUCAGUUUUGCGGUAGUGCACAACAGGUGGCACUGGCAAAGCAGAGGGUUGAUGAGUACAUAUAUUCUCAGCUGAUACAACAAGCUGGUGCUCAACAGCCAGCAUGUUCUAUCCUCAGUUUACAGUGAAAGAUGAAGCAGGAAAUUCAGAUCUCCGUCUUCCGUCUCUGCGUUCAGCACCACACAAUCAGUUCCUGUUAACCGCUGACCCUCAGUGCUUCAUAGCGAAUUUAUGAAUGUGAGUCAUGCAGUUGGAUUGCCUGGAAAAAAAAUGAUGUACCGGAUCUUGGAAUUUUGGCAAUAUACAGUAAAUCUUGUUUGUAAUGAUUCCGUUUGCAAGAUAUUUGAAGGUCAAUCUUUUAGAUGCAUAAAUCUUAGUGUUAUUUGUAAUUUCAGAAGGCUUUAAAAGACAGGUCUGGUGUGUGUGCAUUUAGUUGGGUUCAGAAUUCAAAUGAAGUUGGUCAUUUGAUUGUUCCA